CCAGCUGUGAGCGGCGCGGCCGGGACACCCCCAGGCUGAGGUUCGGGGAGCUGGGCGGCUGGGCACCUGGACCGGGCCGCCCACCUAGUCGUCAUUGCUCCUGCAGCCUCAGCAGCCUCUCUCCUGGGCUUGCGAGAUCCCAACCCCCGACUGGGCGCCUGCAGUGUGCCAGGCGCUGUGCUGGGCACCGUCCCAUCUCAGUCUUUUCGGUCCUCACCAGCCCGGCGAGCACCUUAUAAGGACUUCAGGCAAUAAUGAAGGUUCUUUUACUGAAAGAUGCUAAGGAAGACGAUGGUGGCCAGGACCCAUACGUCAGGGAAUUAGGUUUAUAUGGACUUGAAGCCACUUUGAUUCCUGUUUUAUCAUUUGAGUUUUUGUCUCUUCCCAGUUUCUCUGAGAAGCUCUCCCAUCCUGAAGGUUACGGGGGACUCAUUUUUACCAGUCCCAGAGCAGUGGAAGCAGUGGAGUUGUGUUUGGAGAAAGACAAUAAAGCUGAAGUGUGGGAAAAGUCUCUGAAAGAAAAAUGGAAUGCUAAGUCAGUAUAUGUUGUUGGAAAGGCCACUGCUUCUCUAGUGAGCAAAAUUGGCCUGGAUACAAAAGGAGAAAACUGUGGAAAUGCAGAAAAGCUUGCAGAAUAUAUUUGUUCCAGGGAGUCACCAGCAUUACCUCUUUUGUUUCCCUGUGGAAACCUCAAGAGAGAAAUCCUGCCGAAAAUGCUCCAGGACGAAGGGAUCCCCAUGGAGAGCCUCACUGUCUAUCAGACAGCCGCACACCCAGGAAUCCAGGGGAACCUGAACAGCUACUAUUCCAAGCAGGGCCUUCCAGCUGGCAUUGCAUUUUUCAGUCCCUCUGGCAUUACCUACACUCUCAAGCAUAUUCAAGAGUUAUCUGGUGACAGCGUUGAUCAAAUUAAGUUUGCAGCCAUUGGCCCCACCACAGCUCGUGCCCUGGCCGCCCAGGGACUGCCCGUGAGCUGCACUGCAGAGAGCCCCACACCGCAGGCCUUGGCCAUGGGCAUCAGAAAGGCACUGCAGCCCCAGGACUGCUGCUGAGUCAGCUGGCCAGCAGCCUUCCCCUGUAGCGGUCCUGGGCUGGGCUUCUCCCCGCUGGGGCCAGGACCGCUGGACGCUCCUUCUGCAUGGAGCUGGGCAUCAGGGCCCUUGGGAGCUGCCACCAUCAAACUUCUGCCUCAAGUCUGAGUGGAACCAGCUGGGGACCAGGAAUCAGGUCACGUGCAUGUGACCACCCUCCACAGACACCACCUUAGACCCCAGCCCAGGCCCUGUGAGGAAGGAAACCAAAUAAACCACACUGGCUGCUUGUGCUUGCUGGCAUCUGUUACUUGCCGAGAGUCAUUUUCAGGGCAAAGCUGUGUUCAGGAGGAAACAGAUAUGCUCAUCUCUGGUAACUGACAGGCCUGGUAUAAAUGAUAAAAUUUACUCUGUAUGCAGCCAGUUUAUUCAUGCUGUAAAAAGGACCUUGAAGUUCCUGCUUGUGAGCUCUGGACAAUUGCAUUCAAAUACACAGACCCCCUUUCCUUGGGAGAUGCACUGCCGUACUGCACAGCCAGGGUGGGAGGACCUGGGAGGUGUUACCUACU